GUUGGAAGAGCUUUUAGGGGGCGAGAACUCCACUACCAAUAGCUACCUCGUUUUCAACAUUAUAGCCGGCACGACCCUUUUAAGAAAUUGAGAGGUGCAUCAUAGCAAAUCGCGUCGAUGCAUCCGGACAACUUUCUCGCGAGUCAUUCGGACGCGUUCAGCCUUUCCCCUUCCUCCCCAUGCCGAAUUCUCUGACGCUCACAUGCCCCGCAAACUGCCGGCGAUGACAGACCCAGCAGCAGCUUCUCUCGCUGAAUUGGCGAUAGAGUCGCCCCUAUGGACACCUUUCCUUCUCCCCACCGCUGACGGAACAACCCUCUCCCUCUUCAUAAAAGCACACUUCACAUCUCACUCUUACACCAUCCUCGUUUCCGACUUUAAGCGAUGCUGGAUGGAGACAGCUAACGAGGCGGAGAUAGCCCGGAAGAUCAAGACGUAUGCAAAGAGUUUCGGUGGCACGCCUGUCGAGAAGAUGGUGCCUUUCAUUGAGGGUUAUGUCAAGGAGCAAAAGGAGUCGGUCAAAUAUAUGAGCGUCUUUGAGCCGGAUGAAGCUGGGCAGCUCAGAAUUCACGCUACAGGCCAAGUCGGCAGCGUCUCCUUCCGCUGGGUCUUUGAGCUCUCCCAACUUCACAGCGACGCUGUGGCACCCGCUUUUACCCCCGGAGAUGUGCUCUUUACGCACCUGACGGUGCCCACGAUCAUCGUUGCCGCCGAACAGGAGCGCCGCUUGAAGCUCUUGCAGGCGGUGAUUGAGAAGAAGGAGCGGGAGCUGCAGGAGUGUCACGAAUCUUUGGCAUUUCAUAAUGUCAGAUAUGCUCCGAGUGAGUGCCUGGGACCUGUUGAGCAGUUGAGGAAGCAUGUGCCAGCGGAAAGUAUGCAUCGCAUGCUAUGACGUGGAUGCUGAUUGCUACGUGUCUCUCGCCGCUGCAGAACGAUCGCAGCCCUUCUCUCAAGAAGCAUUCACAAAUGCAGCCGAUGAGGACUUCCGCUCCAGCCAAAAAUCCCGGCCAAGUCCAACGAAUCUCGUAACCUCCUUCUUCGCCCCGUCAUCGCAACCCUCAUCUUCAUCCCAUCUCUACAAACUA